AUGCAUGUCGACAAUUCCAAUGCUGGUAGUCCAUUUAAGGCCGAAGACCAUUAUGACCUCCCGAUCCGACAAUUGCCACCACCUUACUAUGAUCAGCCUUCGGGAUCACACUUUCAGCCGCAACAUGAGUACCACUCCUAUCAGCAACACAAUGAGCCCGAUCCCGAGCACGAAUUCCCUCUUGAUAUCUACAGUCAGCUUGCCUCACUGCGCCUCCAGGGCAACCGGAACACAACAACCAUUCGCCGCAUCGAGGAGCAGCAAGCCCGCACCAACAACUACAUGGAGGAUCUUUGGUAUCAUUUUCGGCCCGAUGAAGGUUACCCCCCUCGUGGGCCUCCUCCACCUUGA